AAAAAGAAGAAAAAAAAACCCAUCAAAAGUAAAGCCAAAAAGAAUGGAAGAAUCAAUAACUCUCUACUCAUUUCUUUCUCUUAUAUUUUUCAUCAUUUGUUUAAACUUGUUUCUUCGAUCAAGAAGACGCCGUAAAAACCUCCCCCCAAGCCCACCGUCACUCCCCAUUGUUGGCCACCUUCACCUCCUAAAACCACCCAUCCAUCGUUUGCACCACACUUUCUCCCAAAAAUAUGGUCCGAUCUUCUCUCUCAAGCUUGGUUCCCGGCUCAUGGUCGUGGUGUCGUCCUCGACCGCAGCCGAGGAAUGUUUGAUCAAGAAUGAUAUCAUUUUCGCAAACCGACCCAAGUUCAUCAUCGCCAAGCACUUAGGCUACAAUUACACUACACUUAUCUCCUCGUCUUACGGUGAUCAUUGGCGCAACUUACGUCGAAUUGGUGCCACCGAGAUCUUCUCUUCGGGUCGCUUAAACGCCUCCGUAAACGUUCGGAAAGACGAAACCAGGCGGUUGAUGCUAAGACUGUCGACUGAUUCGCGUCAGGACUUCGUCAAAGUGGAGCUGAAACCCAUGCUUUCCGACUUGACGUUUAACAACAUAAUGAGGAUGUUGGCGGGAAAACGGUACUACGGGGAUGAAGUGACGAAUGAAGAAGAAGCCAGGGAGUUUAGGGAGCUUAUGGUGGAGGUAGCUAAGAACAGUGGAACGGGAAAUCCAGCAGAUUACUUGCCUGUGUUGAACUGGUUUGGUCUAGGGUUUGAAGGAAAGCUGAAAAAGCUUGGAAAAAGAUUGGAUGGAUUUUUGCAAAAGUUGGUUGACGACCAUCGAAGUAAUAAACUGAAGAAUAAUAGUAUGAUUGAUCAUCUCCUUUCCAUGCAAGAAUCUGAUCCUCUUUACUACACUGAUGAAAUUAUCAAGGGGUUCAUAAUGGUGAUCCUAUUUGCAGGAACUGAUACAUCAUCAGUGACAAUGGAGUGGGCAAUGGCCAAUUUGUUAAAUCACCCGCAAGUGCUGAAGAAAGCUAGAGAUGAAAUAGACAAUUUAAUUGGUGAAGAAAAGCUGAUUGAAGAAUCAGAUGUUCCCAAACUGCAUUACCUUCAAAGUAUAAUAUAUGAGACACUUAGGUUAUACCCUGCAGCGCCUCUUUUGGUCCCACACAUGCCAUCCACUGAUUGCAGCAUAGGAGGAUACGACGUGCCAAGUGGCACAAUUGUGUUGGUGAACGCAUGGGCCAUCCAUCGAGACCCGAACGUAUGGGAUGAUCCAACAAGCUUUAAGCCUGAGAGAUUUGAUGGUAAUAGUGAGAAAAUAGAGCAUUCUCAGAAGCUCUUGCCGUUUGGGUUGGGUAGGAGGUCGUGUCCAGGGGCCAAUCUAGCUCAACGAACGGUGGGUCUGGCUUUAGGAUCAUUGAUUCAGUGCUUUGAAUGGGAAAGAAUUGAGGGGAAGGAAAUUGAUAUGAGCGAAGGUAGAGGGACCAUCAUGCCUAAACUUCACCCUUUCGAAGCUUUGUGUAAAGCUCGCCCCAUCGUCGAUAAGCUUUUCUAUUAACAUUUUUUCUUUUUAUAUUUAAAUACUUUGUACUUUACUAAGUGAUUUUUUGGAAUGAGAUUGUCAAUGAAGUUAUUUUACAACA